UUGGUUUUUCUUGUUGGCAGGAAGAUGUGAAGUUGAUGCAUGACAUGGGCCUGGAUGCCUACAGAUUCUCUAUCUCCUGGAGCAGAGUCAUUCCUAAUGGUAGAGGGCCAGUUAAUCCAGAAGGGGUGCAAUAUUAUAAUAACUUGAUCAAUGAACUCAAGAAAUAUGGAAUUGAACCUCAUGUCACUCUUCUUCACUUUGACCUCCCCCAAUCUUUGGAAGAUGAAUAUUCUGGACUCUUGAGCCCAAAGAUUGUAGAGGACUUCACUGCUUAUGCUGAUGUGUGCUUUAGAGAGUUUGGGGAUAGAGUGAAAUACUGGAUCACUGUCAAUGAGCCAAACAUUGAACCCAUCCUUGGCCAUGAUCUGGGAAUAUUUCCACCAAAUCACUACUCUUCCUCCUUGGCCUCUUCCCUUGGCCUCAAUUGCAGCAAAGGGAAUUCAUCUGUUGAACCAUAUGUAGCUGGUCAUAACCUUUUGCUUUCCCAUGCAUCAGCAGUCUCCCUAUACAGAAAGAAAUAUCAGGUUUCAGCAUUAGAAAUAUCAGGUUUCAGAAAGAAAUGUCGAGGUGACGAGGAGGAGGCGCUGGUUGAUGUGGAAAGAAUUGCAAAGGACACUCAUGGUCCUGUUGGUGCUGACCUUGCAGCUCUGUGCACUGAAGCUGCUCUUCAGUGUAUGGGUGAGAAGAUGGACAUAAUUGAUCUAGAGGAUGAAUUCAUUGAUGCUGAGAUUCUUAACUCUUUGGCUGUUACAAACGGGCAUUUUAAGACUGCUUUGGAGACGAGUAACCCAUCUGCCCUCCGUGAAACUUGGUUGUUAGAAGAAGGGUUUGUAAAUGAGAAACCAACCAGGAUUUUUUGA